AUGAGCGACAAUACACCGACGCCUCAAGAUGACGCUGAUCGCAUCCGUUUGAAGAGGCUGGCCAAGCUCCAGAAUUUGUCUUCUCCCUUGCCCAGCGCGUCUGGAACACCUGCAUCGAGCACACCUCCGCCUCCGGCUGUGGUACCACCCAAGCCAGUGCCUCGACCAGUGGUGGCGGCCCCUACACCCACACCUCCUCCACCAGCUCCUCGACCUGCCUCUGGACUGACAAAGAAGAAACCGACAGUUACGAAGUUUGAACUGCCGCCAUGGGAACAUGAUGCGAUUGGGACGAUACUCAAAGUAACUCUAAGCCAACAAGUGGCCGAAAGGAGCGGAUACGAGGCGGUGUGGCUGAAGCACUUGGCCACUGAGCUCGCAUCUGAGGGAUCAACGGACGAAAAGCUCAACAUGGACCUGCUGGAUCGACUAUUGAUUGCCCGCCUCGAGCUCGAUCCUCAAAACAUGACCGAUGAACUGGACUAUCUUCCUGUCUUGGUUUCUCUUCCCCCCCAACAGACGGUCUUCGAAUAUUUAGUUGGCUGCUGGAAAAGGUUGAACGCUGUCCGAUCAAUGGUCCUCAAGAAGGGAUAUACCCCAAUUGAUACACAGGCGGCUCUGGAUCGACUAGAAAAGAUUCGGCAUCUUAUUAUCAGUUAUACGGGUUACAAUCUUCAAGAGCCAGAGAUGUUUCCUCAACCAUCAGGUCGCCUUCUUGGUGCUCCGGAGCUCGUGAAGCCUCUUCUCUCUCUGUCAGCCCUCUCCGCUCCGCUUCUUUCAAACGCGUCAGACAGCCCGAACACUCUUUCGUCCUCUGACAUCGAACAAUUCCUCCAAGACCUCGCACGCCGCUUCGAGCCUGAGAACGAGAUGGAUGGUAUCCUCGGGCCAAUUGUCACGGAUCUUCUUUUCCAUGAGUCUCUCUUCAGACCUGAAGGUUUAGGAGGAGGCGAUGCUAGUUGGCGUGGGGUGGUCAGCGGUCUUGAAGCUCUUGUUUCAGUCAAGAGCAUAGCGACGAUGAUCACUCGCCUCGACUCAUGGAAUCCCCCCGAAGCAACAACUGCAACAUUUGAACGCAUUUCUUUACUGGGCCCUCUUUGUCGCCUCGGUGUAUUCCCUACAGAAUGGCCAGGCAUUGCACAAACAUACUUCUCGGAGCCAGACAAGAGGACAAGAGAUGACGUUGAAUCGUCGAAUGCCAGUUUGAGAGGAACGCUCAAAAGUCUACAGACGUCACUGUUCCAAACCUUCAACACUCUUGUUCGAGCGUCUGCAGAAUCACGAGAAGCCGUGCUGGACUAUUUCUCCAGGGUUAUCUCCCUCAACGUUAAGCGCGCCGGCAUGCAGGUCGAUCCAACAACUGUAGCCUCCGACAGCUUCAUGUUAAACUUGCAGAGCGUUCUGCUGCGGUUUGCAGAACCAUUUAUCGACGCCAAUUAUACAAAGAUGGACCGCAUAGAUCCACUGUUUUACGCCCAAUCAAAUCGGAUCGACCUAAAAGAUGAGACUCGCAUCAAGGCAACGAGCGAGGAAGCGCAAGAAUGGGAGGAAGAGAACAAGAAGCCAAACGCUCCUCCACCCAACUUCAUCUCGAACAUUUUCUACCUAACAAUUGCCAUGAGUCAUUAUGGAAUUCUAAAGACCAUCGAUUCAUACAACAACUUGGGCAAGCAUGUCGAGGACCUCCAGAGGCAUAUGGAUAUGCUGAACGGGGAUGGGAGUUGGAUGGGAAGCCCCAUGCAAGGUCGCGUUCAAGCUGCGAUUGAUCACGUCAAAAAGGAGCUUGGGAAGAUUCAGUCACACCGUUUUGCAUACGAAGCUGGCCUCAUGGAGCCGGAGCUUACCUUCCGGUCUAUUGGCUUCACAAACUUCCUUUCGACGUGGCUUAUUCGACAGGUCGACCCCAAGAAAAUGCAUCCUAACCCCCCUGUGCAGUUGCCCUUACCAAAGGACGUACCCAUGGCAUUCAGAGUGCUUCCAGAAUACAUUGUCGAAGAUAUCGUUGAUUAUUUGUAUUUCUCUGUGCAAACGUCUCCUGAGAAAUUCGAGCUGGCCGGCAAGGUCGAAUUGAUGACCUUCAUCUUGACAUUCUUGACUUCGACAUGGUAUAUCAAGAACCCAUUCCUGAAAUCCAAGAUCAACGAUGUGCUUUUCAUGAGCAUCUGGGGCUACGGACGCGAGAGGAACGGAAUUUUGGGCAAUAUGCUAAACACUCAUACGAUGGCUUUGAAGCAUCUCAUGCCUGCGCUGAUGCACUUCUACAUCGAGGUCGAGCAAACCGGUGCUAGUUCACAAUUCUAUGAUAAAUUCAAUGCAAGGCGGAAUAUAGCCUAUAUCCUGAAGACUGUCUGGAAUAAUCCAGCACAUCGUGAAGCUCUCGACCUCGAAGCGAAGAACGUCGAUAAAUUCGUCCGCUUUGUCAAUUUGAUGAUCAACGACGUAACAUAUCUCUUGGACGAGUCGCUGAGCGAAUUGACUCAAAUCCACAAUAUCCAAGUAGAGAUGGAAGACAAGGCUACCUGGGAGGCGCAAACAGUGGAGCACCGGCGAGAACGAGAAGGCACUCUUCGAUCCCUGGAACGACAUGCAUCGAGUUACACUACACUCGGUCGUUCGACAGUAGAGUUGCUGAAGGUGUUCACGGCGGAGACCAAGGCACCCUUUAUGAUGCCCGAGAUCGUCGAUAGGCUGGCUGCUAUGCUGGACUACAAUCUCCAGGCGCUUGUGGGACCGAAGUGCCAAGAAUUGAAAGUUCGAGACCCCGAGAAGUACAAGUUCAACCCGAGAAUACUCCUCGCGGACAUUAUCCAGGUCUUCCUGAACCUGAGUGACCAACCAACGUUCAUUCAGUCUGUUGCGGGCGACGGACGCAGUUAUUCCAAGGAGCUCUUUGACAGAGCAGCGGACAUUGCUAUACGGCGGACGAUCAAGAGCGAGACGGAGAUUGCGGUAUGGAGGGCGUUUGUGGAGAAAGUAGAGGAGGCGAAGGCCUCCUUGGAGGCAGAGGAGGAUCUAGGAGAGGUGCCUGAUGAAUUCCUUGAUCCCCUGAUGUUUACCGUCAUGAAGGACCCCGUUCGUCUGCCCAGUUCAAAGACCAUUAUAGAUCGGGCUACCAUCAAGUCGCACUUAUUGUCCGAUUCGAAAGAUCCUUUUAAUCGUGUUCCAUUGACGAUUGAGGAAGUCAUUCCAGUGCCAGAAUUGAAGACACGAAUUGAAGAGUUCUUGAUUGAGAGGCGGAACAAAGGAAAGAUCCUAGAGACACCACCAGAUCCCACGAGCGGCGCGAUGGACACGUCCGACUAA